UUCAGUUAACUUUGUUUCACUUUAACGCUGUUGAUAAAAUCGUGAGUAUUGGUUUAAUGUUCUCAAACGUUGUGUGCUGUGGCCUGCCUGCUUUCAUGACAUUUUCUCUGUUUCUGCUCCCACUGUUGCUACCCUGACCAGUUUUCUAUUUCGGUCUCUGCUGGAGUCUUCCUGCACCACUCCCUGACCUGAUGUCUCCUUGAAAAACUGUGUCAUUUCCAUUUUGGCUGCAAUUUUGGAUUUGUAGUUAAGUUCUUGGCUCAACAGUGUGGCAAAGGUCAUUCUGCUUGCAUGCAGCAGCUGCUGCCACAAGAGGGAGCCUGGUUCAUUUAAACUUGAUCAGGUCAGUGUAAUUUUAACAUAUUCUGACACAGUGGUAGCAUCUACUUCUGAAGUCCUGUCUGGUUCGGGGGAGUGGUAGGACAUCUGAACAGGUUCAUGAGAAAAUGUAUCUGCAGAACCAAUAAUAGUUUUUAGUUUGUCUUUCCCUUUGUUAGAACCUCCUGCUUUCAAAGUUUUCAUAGUUAUGCAUGUAAGUAGUGAGGAAUCAACACCAUGUUAAGCUAAUGUUUUUGUUGAAAGUUGACAAAUGUCAAGGAUUACCUUGAGGCACUGUAUUCAUUUUAAUUUGAUACAUUUUAUUUUUCAAGCAAUUUUGGGCAGGAGUACUGAUAAAAGAUACAGUACUUCAAUCAGUUUGUACAUUGGUUAUUCCCACGGUCAAAUGUCUGCAGGAGCCUAGUUCUGGGUUUAAUGUGGAUUCCUGUGGAAAUUGUGUUUGACUUGAAGUUUCUUUCACUCAAACUUGUUCUUCAGGAAUACAACCCCAUAUUUAAGUGAGGACGUUGUGGAUUCGAACACUUCCUUAAAAUAAAGUGCCGUCAUGUACAGGUGCAAGCAACCUUCAGCGCAAACUGCGAGAAUGAAUUGAAACAGAGUGAUUGAUUGGAAAAUUCACCAUUUUCUUUUUCAAAAAGACCAACAGUUCAAACAUUGGAGAGAGGUGACAAGGAGAAUUCUUUUCAAGUAACACAGAGUGAUUACCUUCUGCACAGCAUAGUGCAAGUUGGAGAAAAUAGUGCAAAUAAACAAAUAGAUGGCCUGAUAACAGAGGACAAGGAACAAUCCCCUGCUGAGUUCUCAAUUUCUACAGAAACAUCCUCCACUCUAAUGUGUUCUUCAGUGGCCACUGAAAAUCAACUGCAAGUCACAGCAGACAUAUUGAACCUAAAGUCAGCAGAUAAGCCUUCAGCAGCGAGAAAGCGGUUUUCUCGGCGCACGUCUUCUGUUGGAGCCAGAGGAUCUCCAGAGACCAAUAGCCUUAUCUGCUACAUAGCCAAACGGAGAAUGCAGUCACAGGGAUCCCAGAAAAUUGCUCUGCUGAAGAGCAAGAUGACUGGAUUCAUGGAUGUGCUUCAAGUUUCAGAACAUGAUGAGAGGAACAUGUCCACUCCAGAGCUCCUGCAUCCCUCUGAUCUACAGCAAGAUGGUACAACUUCUUCAGCACAACGUGAUAUCCUCUCUUUGAGUGGAAGUAAACCACCACUCGGGAAAAAGGUGACUUUCGGAGAAGAGCUGAGUCCUGAAGUGUUUGAUAAAAGGCUACCAUCUAACACUCCUUUGCGUAAAGGAGAAACGCCAGUGUGUCGGAACAUCUUAUUAAGUGAAGGUCCUCCAUCUGCUAUAAAGCAAAUGUCUGUGGCCCAAAUCAGUUUGGGAGAUGAAAUGAACCCAUUCAGUAACAUGGCUUACAAUGGCAGUGCUUCUGUCAAUGAGAAAUGCAACAACACAUCACUAAAAUUGGUGACAAAAUUAACAGAUAACAUGGAAAAUGCUGAAACUCACCUUGGUAAUGAAGAGAGAGAUUGUUCUGGACCCAUUAAUGUUGACCUGCAGUCUUCAGUGUCAGAAUACAAACUUGAUUCAAACCUUCAGAAGAAACCCUAUAAAAAUGAUGAGUACCCCUGUGAUGUCUUGGAAAUGCAUGUUGAAGAAAUUAAACAAGUCAUGCAGGAUCAUCCAUCUAGGCACUCUAGAAAGGAGAAUCAAGUUGGGGAUAACAGUGUGGUUUGUAGAAAUGUGCUGGGCGCAAAGAAAACAGAUCCUGUGAAUGAAUCCAAAUUGUCAAGACUAAUUGAUGAGCCCAAGUGUUUUGGAUCAAUUAGUGACUUGGGGUCUUCUGGAGUGAAAGCAGCAUCCACUAUUGAGCCUAAUGCGCGACAAGUGACUUGCAUGUGUGAUGAAAAGUUGAACAAUGGUGACAUUCAGAUCGGUGAUUUGUCCAUAAACGGAUCUGUCGGUGACCAGGAGCAAAACCGGUCUUGUGCUGAAGAUGCAUGCCUUGAGAUUCAGAAUGUCACUGAUGAUGCAAUGUGUCUUACUAUGUCUUCAGUGCCAUCUCUCUGCCGAAGUGUGGAAGUAAGCCCAAAAUCUAAUCAAGAGGUUAAAAUUGAAAACCUGACACAAACGCCCAAAAAUGAGGAACCCCGCAGAUCGACUCGGAUCAAGAACAAGGUUAACACCAUUUCAGAGAAUUCCACUGUGGUAACAAAAGGCAAAUAUAGAAAGAAAGUGCAAAAGGAACUUUAUGGAAAACGUGAAUAUGCUUCAAAGAAACCAUUAUUGAGCCCAAUCACGGAGGUCUCUGAUAUGUGGUCUGAGCCAACAGAUUUUCCUGAUUGUGAUGGAAAGGAAGAAUGUCAACCUUCGACGAUGAGUGCUCAUCUCCCUCUUGAGGGUAGUCUUAUUGGAGAACAAAGUCAACAAAACACCUCUGACUCUGAACGGUCAGCUGUUGGACACACUGCUUUGCGUGCAGCUUCUAUAUCCGUAAGGGAAAAAAUACGAAGACCAACAAGAUCGUACAAGAGGAGUUUCCAUGACUUGGAGGGGGAGUCAAGUGUAUGGAAAUCUAUUGAAAGUGACAGUGGGCAAAGAACCAUUUUGGCUAACAAUGUUAGCGAUCACCAGUGUGAGCUUGAGAAACUGAAGAACAAUUUAAGCUGUGGUCUCUUGAGUGGUGCUGAUGAAUCAUCCACAUUUUUGCAUGCCAAGUUUCAUAAGUUGGAAGCUUUGGAUAGUUUGGAUGCUCAAAAUCUUGAGAAUGAGGAAAAUAAGCCUAUUUGCAUGAGAGAGACAUAUUCAAACAAUAUUAUGAGGAAGCAUCUUUCACAAGAGUUCACAAUGGUGAAAAAUAAUCAGAAAGGAAUUGAUAGAGUACAGAUCCUACUUGAGAGACAAUGCCCAAGCAAAACCAAACUUGAACCAUGUAUCAAGGAAGCGGUUCAAACUGCUGAUUACAAAUGCAGAUGUUGCCUGGAAUCUGAAUCAAAUGUUGUUCAAGAUAGUGAUCAGCAACUGAAAGCAGAGUCAGCAAAAAUGGAAGAAUUGACUCUUGCUCAUAAUUUCACUGUAACCAAAGAAUCCCUUAUAACAGCAACUGAGCCAUCCAAUGCAAUUCAUGAGCAAAAGGCGAGUCAUUUACCUUGUGCAACUCAGAUAUUUCAAAGCAGAACAUGUCGCAGAAAGAGCAAAUUAUUCAGAGCAGCAGAACUGCCAUGCGAAAAGCAGGUAGACAAGCCAAUUCUUGUCCAUGUUGGAGGACAAGAAACAUUUGCAAAUGGUAACAAAGCUGAGAAUGUUUCACAAGCUGAAAGCCUUGUAAACAGCAUGAUUGGCCAAGGAAUUGUUCCCAAGUAUAAAAAUAACAUUGAGUUUGAUGAGGUCCAAGUAAAAACCAACAUUGGAACAGUGUUUGAUAAUUCAGGCCACUUUUGUUCAUCGGAACAGAUGAAUAUAAAUAUCUUUGAAACUGCUGACCAGUUGGAAAUGGGAAUCAAAUGUUUAGGUACUUCUAGAGAAAACUCAAUCCUCGAAAAGAAGAAGGUGAGGCGGAGUGCCCGGCUGUCUGGUGUGGUAAAUGUGGCAGGAUUGAGCUGGGUUGAGUUAUCCAGCACUGAACCAGUAGAGGAAAAGAAGAUGAUGAGUAAGCUUCCCAGAAGAUCUUCCCGGCUCUCCAAACCAUGGACAAAAAUCUCUUGUGCAGAACAGGCUAGGAGUAAAACUGAAUCCCAAGCAAGAAUUAGAAUGCUCAGGCGACGGUCACUUUCGUGUCUCGGAAAUACAGCUCUUGAUGAUUUGGAGGAAUCUCCAAGGAAAAGCAUGGUUGAACUAAGUUGACCUUCAAAAAUACAGGAAUUGAAGAAAUUAGAGGUUCUCUAACAGACUUGCCUGACAGUUGAAUGAAGAUGAUUUACAGUGCGACAAGUGCAAAGAAGUGAAAACCCAAGUUUUCUUUAUUUAGACGAUGUUGGUGUUCCCUGCAUAUCUCUGCCACUGUACCAGUGUGAAAGAUGGAGCAGGUACUGAAAUCUGUUCAAUAGCAGAUCUACAGUUAUAUCAUUGAACUCGAGAGAUUUCUGUUCUGCUGUGCACAAUGCAAACUGUUUGGUGACGCAUUUUCUAUUGAAGCAUCUGAAAAAAAUUUUGGAGAUAGCUUGUGAAAUAAUUUCGACUCUUGCUUUGUCAUUUAAAAAGCAUUGUUCAGCUCAUUCAUAUGAAAUAAAGAGUCACACAUGCUGAA